ACAUCGGAACCGGAGGCCGGACAGGAGGCCGCCGCCCCGCCGCCGCCGAGGGGCGGGCAGAGCCGAGGGGACUCGCCGGCGCCUCAGGCCUCCUCUCAGGGAAGAGCCCGGAGGAGGCCAUGGCUUUCGUGAGGCGGCCCCUCAUGGCGGCGGCCCUGUUCUCGCUGGCGCUCUUCGCCUCAGCGCGGGCCGAGAGAGGCGGCGGCGGCGGCGGCUGCGCCUCCUCCGGGCUGUGGGAGUCCGAGGCGUCCGAGGCCUGCCCGGCGGAGCUUUCCCCUCACGAAGCGGCCUCCGUCCUUCCUCCGCCGGCGGGCCUGGUGGUGGCGUCUGUGGCGGCGGCGGCGUCGCCGUCCUUCCGCGGCCCGGGCAACUCGGACCCGCGUCCCAACCGGGAGCUGCCCAUCCUGCUGUGGUGGAGCGGCGGCCUGUUCCCGCACUUCCCGGGCUCGACGGCGCGGCUGGAGUGCGGCGGCGGCGGCUCGUGCCUGGCCACCACGGAGCGGCGGGCUCGGCUCCGGCGCCGGACGCGGGCGCUGCUCUUCUACGGGACGGACUUCCGCGCCUACGAGGCGCCGCUGCCUCGCCCGCCGCACCAGGCCUGGGCGCUGCUCCACGAGGAGUCGCCCAUGAACAACUACCUGCUCUCGCACGCCGCCGGCGCCAGGCUCUUCAACUACACCGCCACCUUCCGCCGAGAGUCCGGCUACCCGCUCAGCCUCCAGUGGCUGCCCGACCUCGACUACCUGCGCCGCCCGCCGGCCCUCGGCCUGGCCCACAAGGAGAGCGCCCGGCGCCGGGAAGGCCUGGCCGCCGUCCUCUACAUCCAGUCCCACUGCGACGUCCCCUCCGACCGGGACAGGUACGUCAGGGAGCUGGCCAAGCACCUCCAGGUAUUUAUCCUCGCCCGCCUCGCCCGAGCGCCGGGCCGGUCUCUGCUUUUAGCAUGUAUUUCCAUUAAUUGUGAUUUUGGGUCCACUGUGUUGCUUUUACUGUUGUUAGCCGCUCCGAGACGGGCUUCGGCUGGGGAGGGUUUAUUUAUUUUUGUUUAUUUUUAUUGUUUGUUUGUUUAUUAUUUAUAUAUUUAUUUAUUAUUGUUAUUUUAUUAUUCUCCUCAAGGAAAUCCUCACGACGACCCUGUGAGGUGGGCCAGGUAGAAAAGGGAUCGCCCAGGAAGAUCCGCGGGGGCUGAGCGGGGAUGUGUGUGUGUGUGUGUGUGUGUGUGUAUAUAUAUAUAUAUGUAUGUAUGUAUGUACAGUGGUGCCUCGCAAGACGAAAUUAAUCCGUUCUGCGAGUCUCUUCAUCUAGCGGUUUUUUCCUCUUGCGAAGCAACCCCAUUAGCGGCUUAACGGGUUAGCGCUAUUAGCGGUUUAGCGGCUAUUAAAGGCUUAGCGGCUAAAAGGCUAUUAGCGGCUUAGCGGCUUAGAAAAAGGGGGGGGGAAGCGAAAAAAAAAUCUCGCAAGACAUUUUCGUCUUGCGAAGCAAGCCCAUAGGGAAAUUCGUCCUGCGAAGCAACUCAAAAACAGAAAACCCUUUCGUCUAGCGGGUUUUCCGUCUUGCGAGGCAUUCGUCUUGCGGGGCACCACUGUAUAUAUGUAUGUAUGUGUGUGUGUGUGUGUGUACAGUCAUACCUCAGGUUACAGACACUUUGGGUUGCAUGAUUUUGGGUUGCGCACCGUCCUGAACCCGGAAAUACCGGAACUGGUUACUUCCGUGUUUCAGAGCUUGCACAUGCGCAGAAGCGUCGAAUCACAACCUGCACGUGCGCACACACGGUGUUGCGGGUUGCGAACACUUCAGGUUGCGAACAGUAGGUUUGGAAGGGGCCCCCCCGAGGGCCAUGUAUUUCAGGGGUGCCAACUUCAAUAAAAUAUUGGGCGCGCAUCAUAAUAACCCACCCUCUUUUGCACACCUUCCAGAAACCUUGAGCUGCUUGGGGGAAAAGGUGGGUAUGAACGUAAUAAACGAACAAAUUGUACAAUAAUAAUCGUCCAGCAUCUUCUUCUCACAGUGGCCUAAUUCUCCUAUGAACCUAGGAAUCUAGGUAGACUGCCUCUGGGCCGGGAGGUUCCACAAAAACUCAGGUAGAGCCGGGCCACUGGCUUUCCUUACAACACAAUACUGGGAGGUAUGGGGCUCUUCCAAAUCCACUUUGUGGUCCGAGGCUGAGGAAGUAAACAUUCCAGAUUGUGGCUUAAGGUACGAAGAGGCCUGCUGGAUCAGGCCAGUGGCCCACUCAGUCCGGCAUCCUGUUCUCAGAGUGGACAAGCACAUUGUCUCCAUGAGAAACCCGCAAGCAGGACCUGAGGACCAGAGCCUUCUCACUUCCUGGGGUUUCCAGCAACUGGGAUUCAGAGAAUUUGUCCAGUCUUCUUUUAAAGCCAUAAUAAUAAUAAUAAUAAUAAUAAUAAUAAUAAUAAUAAUAUUUAUACCCCACCCAUCUGACUGGGUUUCCGCAGUCACUCUGGGCAGCUUCCAACAGAACACUAAAAUACAAUAACCUAUUAUAAACAUUAAAAGCUUCCCUAAACAGGGCUGCCUUCAGAUGUCUUCUAAAAGUCUGAUAGUUGUUUUUCUCUUUGACAUCUAGUUCUCUAUCCUUUCUCACCCUGCCUUUCUAUCCCUACCCAUCCUGCUUUUCCUCUCAGCCAUCCAUGUCUGUUUGUGACAUCACAGAAACUUUGACAUCAUCGUAGCCAAUGACAUCAUCGUAGCCAUUGGCAACUACAGAAACAGCUGCAAAACCCCCCAUGGGAAAGAUCACUAAACAUGCAUUUAGAAACUUAACAUUGCAUUUGUUUUAUAUGAAACCAGUCAGACACAGUUUUGCUUUUUUAAAAAAGGCAUUUAUUUAGGAAAAUAAACUGCCUUGCUUCAGUCCUGCUGUUCAGUCUCUUCAUUACUUUCACGAUCCGUCUUGGGGGAAACCGCACCGGCGUCCUGAAAGGCAAACACCAUGUUGAGUGGGAUGGCCUCCGUCCAGCAGCCUCAGCCAGACCCUCCACUGGCUGCUGCCUGGCAACUUCACCCCGGACGUCCUGGUCAAUUUCUGCUGGUUUUUACCCAUGAAUAUCCACUGGUUCCAUUCACCCUGUGCCCAGAGGAUGGCAUCUGCCACCCUCUGAGCACGUAUUUCCCAGCCACAACACUACUUACCUGGACCACGUCCGAAUGCUCCCAUUCACACACGCAGACACACUCCAUUCGAAACCUCCCAUUCACACACGCAGACACACUCCAUUCGAAACCUCCCAUUUGCGCUCAUAGACACAUGCCAUCUGCCAUCCCGUGAAGAAUGUCUGUGGACGCAUUCACUCACCAACCACUCUGCAUUCCCACACACAUACACACACCCAGCUUCAAGUCAUGAAUAUCCACACAGCUUCUGCCAACUGACUUCCAAAGGUGACCUUCAGCCAGCUGACAUCUGCAGCACCUUACGGCACCCGCUGGCUUCUGACUACAAACUCCACCAGCCACCAACACCUGCCGGCUUCUGACUGUGAGAAUCGGCUGCCUUCAAGCUGCGAUCCCACCCAGCAAGCGAACUUGCCUUCUCCCUGUUCCUCAGCAUCCCAUUGCGUGAUGAGUGCCUCCUUCCUCCUGCCAUUUUGCAUCCAUGAGGAAGGAGACCCUCCAGAGCUGAGUGCCACAGCUGCUGCCCACUGAGGUCUGGGCUGGGAAGAGGGAGAGGCCACCUUUAUAGCCAGGCAACUGACAGAUGCCUUUGUGACAUCAUAGACAGUGACAUCAUAGACAGCCCCCAGCCAAUGGGAGCAGCUGUGGACGUGUCACCAUAACCUGUUUGAGCAUCACAACUGUGGCUGCACCUCAGCACCAAUGGACCAUUUGUUCACUUACUAAUAAAAAGUCAUAUAGCCCACUUCUUAUCCAUACCAGGGAAGGGCACACCUUAAAACUGAGGGGGGGGGAAACAUUUUUCAUCCUAAGGAUCAUAUCCCCUUACAGUCAGGCAGUGCAGGCCAGAGGUGGGUGGAGCUGGAAGCAAAAAUGAGCAGAGUUCUGAAUGCAGCUCUCAUCUUUGUACAGGACAUAAGAAGAGUGUGUUGGAUCAGGCCAGUGGUCCAGCAUCCUGAUCUCACAGUGGCCAACCGGAUGCUUGAGGGUCCCUCUCCCCUCUGGUGGUUUCCAGCAGCAUUUCCUCCUCCAACCAUGGAGGCAGAACACAGCCAUCAAGGCUAGUUGCCCUCUCCUCCAUAAAUUUGUUUGGUCCUCUUAAAACCACCGUCUCCUGUGGGAGUGAGUUCCACAGGUUAACUGCCUGAAGUCUAUCUGUCCUGAAUCAUCCCAACACUCAGCUUUGUUGGGUGUACCCAAGUUCUAGUGUUAUGAGAGUGGGAAGAAAAACACUUUUUCUAUGCCAUGCAUAAUUUUGCAAACUUACAUUAUGUCACCUCUUGCACAUCUUUCUUUGAAAGUAAUGUUGGCUGACCCUAACUCAUCCUGGCUGCAGCCCUGCAGAGUUGCAAAAAAAAAAAGGUUUGGUGUGUUCAUUGUCUUCUAGAGCAAUCUGACUCAUCAUAAUAAUAAUAAGAAGAAGAAGAAGAAGUUGUUUUAUUUAUACCCUGCCCUCCCCAGCCAAGGCCGGUUUCAGGGCGGCUAACAAGCAAUAAUAAAAACAAGUUGAAAUGAAAACAACUUAACAACGAGAUUAAAAUACAGUGGUGCUCCACAAGACGAAUGCCUCGCAAGACGAAAAACUCGCUAGACGAAAGGGUUUUUCAGUUUUGCGUUGCUUCGCUAGACGAAUUUCCCUAUGGGCUUGCUUCGCAAGACGAAAACAUCUUGCGCUUUUUUUAAAAAGCCGCUUGAAGAGGCGCAGUUGCGACGGACCGUGCUUCGCAAGAAGAAAAACAUCGCAAGACGAAAAGACUUGCGGAACGAAUUCUUUUCGUCUUGCGAGGCACCACUGUACAUUAAAAUAUUGAAACAUUAAAAUAAUAAAAUACAGCCUCAUCACAGGAGGAGAAAGAAAAAAGAAAUGGGCCUCAAGUGACUUGCUCAGUAAAGUCUUAAGUGAAAGUGUAGAUUUUGUGUGCAUUAUUUUCUUGUAGUCUUUAUCCAUUAAAAAACAAAACUGUUGCGCUUCAACUGUAGGCUAAAUAUCUGGGUCAGAGGGUGGUAGCCAGCCCUGUGCCAAUGUGCCGUUCCUCUGGUGUAGCAGCAGCACAAAACAUUUCGCCCUUCCCCAGAGUCUGUGCCAGGGGGUCCCCUAACCCCCCAGAGCUGAUUUUGAGGGGUGCAAGUGAGGAGGGGUUGAAGGCAAGGCGAACGUUCUCUUGUGCAAGCACAGCAAGCCUUGAAUACUGCCCAGAAUACAUGCCUCCUGAGGAUUUAUAUGAUUCUGAGCCAGGUGGGUGGAGUAUAGAUAAUCAAGUUGUUCAUCUAACUGGCAUGUAACAGACCAAAUAGGAGAAAAUCAGUUUGAGGAGAGAGAGAAAUGGAAACAGAAUGGAGAGCCCUGUUUACUACUGCAAAGUGUCAGGACAGGAACCCCCUUCUGUGCACACAGCCUAUAUUUAAAACACGUGGCUUCCUUGCAGAAAUCCUGGGUGCUGUACAGUGGACACUUGGGUUGAGAACAUGAUCCGUGUGGGAUGCACAUUCGCAACCCGCGUCUGCGCACACGCGGAUUGCGAUUCGGCGCUUAUGCGCAAAGCGCGGUUUAGCACUUCUGCGUGUGCGCGACCACCAAAACCCAGAAGUAACCCAUUCUGGUACUUUUGGGUUUCGGUGGUCCACAACCCAAAAAGACGCAACCUGAAGCUGCUGUAACCCGAGGUGUGACUGUAGUUUGUCCCUCAGACUCUCCUUCUGUGGAGGCUUUUAAGCAGAGGUUGGACAGCCGUCCGUCAGGGAUUCCUUAGUUGUGAUUCUUGCUUUGCCAGGGGCUUGGACUAGAUGGAUCCCUUUCAGCUCUGUGAUCUACAAUUCUUGGAAUCCUUCACAAACUACAGUGCCCAGGUUCUCUCUCUCUCUCUCUCUCUCUCUCUCUCUCUCGGCAAUAGGUGUGUGUGCAUUUUUGAUGUGUGUUUAGCGCUUGGAAACACAUUUGGAUUGGAGUGAGGAGGUGGGGCCACAACCCAGCCGUUUCUUUUUCAGGAUGAUUUAUUUCUGUUGUAGGUGGACUCUUACGGGGCAUGCCUGAACAACCGAGAGCUUCCCAGUGCGAGGCUGAAGGACACUUCUACAGCCACCACAGAGGACUCUGAAUUCAUGGCUCUUAUAUCCAAGUACAAGUUCCACCUGGCGAUGGAGAAUGCCAUCUGCCGUGACUACAUGACGGAGAAGCUUUGGCGGCCGAUGCACGUCGGAGCCGUUCCUAUAUAUCGAGGCUCCCCAUCUGUACGUGACUGGAUGCCGGACAAUCAUUCCAUCAUCCUCAUUGAUGACUUUGAGAGCCCCAAAGAGCUAGCAGAAUACAUUAAUUUUCUGGACAGGAAUCCGGAGAAGUAUUUGGAAUACCUGAAGUACAAGAGUCCCGGCGGCAUUACGAACCGGUUCUUGGUGGAGAGCAUGGAGAGGCGGGAAUGGGGAGUGAAUGAUAUGACCCGGCCUAAUUAUUUGAACGGGUUCGAGUGCUAUGUCUGUGACAAGGUAAAUGCCAGAAUGAAGGCGGAGGAGGAGCAUAGGAAGUCUCGUGGGAAAGUGCCGCCCCCUGAGCCUGAAAUCGCCCAGUUCUCACACAUGGGGUGCCCGCCACCAGCACCCGGGUAUGGAAAUAUCGAAGACAUUCCUGAUGGAGACAGGUACUAGCCGUUGUUGUGGAAUAUGCAGCUGUCCUUACGAAAGCUGAGGGUUGUGCGGUGCUAAGUUGAAGUUUCUUGCUCUGCUGGUGUUUUGGAUUGAUUUGGAUUGAUUACAUUUCUGCACUGUGCGUUUCAUUCAGAUAAACUCUAAAGCGACUUACAAACAAUAAAUAAUAAGAACAGGGGUCACCUGGGCUGGUUCACUUCAGUGGAGAUUGCUCUGUGGGCUGGAUCGUGCGUGCACAUGAGCAGCGUGCCCGCAAUUUCCUUCAUCUGCUGUGCAGAUGCGAUUUCCGGCGCCGCAGGAGCAAGCCCCGUGUUGCGCUGUGCCGGUUUAGCGCAGCAUGUGGGGACUUGCCGAGCGGGCGGCUCAGUUUGGGGGCAGCUCGAGGGCUAGUUAAAUACCCCCCCCCCGGGCCGCUUGUGGCCCAUGGGUUGCCGACCCCUGAAUAAGAACAUGAUAGAGCAUAAAAGAACAUCACAAAUACAGCAUAAACAGUACAGAAUAAUUAAUAAAACAUCAGUGAAACAACUGCAACCUAUCAAACACAGGGAACAAAGCGACAGCUAAAAAAUAAGCUAAACAUUGCAAUUAAAGCAAAAGUCAUAACCUAUAAAGCAUUUAUAACCUAUAAAGCAAAAUAAACCACCUUAAAACAGCAGCCAAAAAAUGAACUAAGCACACACACAUUCUCCACACCCGCAUGACUCAUAAUCUUCCACUCUGUUCAGCUCAUUAAAAUAUACAUCCACAUAAUGCAGCAACUCCCUUCUGAAGGUUCCUCGGGCUGGCGGUGGGGCAGUACAGGUGAAACUAACCACCCCCUGAUGGCAGACAAACUUUUUCUCCCCUCACAAUUCUCCCUCUGAAACAGCUCCCUUAUGAAGGGAGGGUGGGGCAAGGCAGGUGGGAAAAGCCAUUACCUGCCGGCCAACACAGAAAGUUGUGCAAGAGAAUGUGUUAGAACCCAGAAGUGACUCGGAAACGUCCUAAAGAUGUCACUAAAACGUCACUUAAGGGGCAUUUGCAGGCUUUUCUAGUGGGUUUCUCCGCACUCAUUUUCUUUAUUUGCUUUUUAGCUGGAAGGAGAUGUGGCUGCAGGAUUACUGGCAGAGCCUUGAUCAGGCUGAAGCCCUCACAGCCAUGAUUCACCACAACGAGUCGCAUCAGGGGAGAUUCUGGGACUACAUGCACCAAGUCUUCAUGAAGAGAACCCAGCAAAACUAACCAGACUUGUUAUUCAAGCUUCUUCAGUGUUAAGAGAGGCAAGCAGGGCAUCCACAGAUUUACCAGCACCGAAAUUGCGGUUCCAGGACAACUUGGAAAUCAUCUUUUAUAUAUGGUAUUCUCACUUUGGAGAUUACUUUUUUUUAAAAAAAAUUCUUGCUUCCAAGAAAAGGCCAAUUUUGAACCAACUUUUGGUAUUGGUUCAUUUGCCACUACUCCAAGACGAGGAAGCCUCCCUGAUCUGUGGGGCAAAGAAAAGUAUUCAGCAUUUCUGCUGCUUCAGCGUCUCUCAGAAAGUACUUUUUGGUGUGUAUGUGCCAAAUUCCUCAACACGGACUGUUGGGCUUACUGUAAAAGUCCUGAAUGGUUGCACUUCAGGGAUACCUCCAUUCAUAAGUAUUCAUCAACAUACAUUGGUUUCUUUAAUAUUUUUGAUAUAUUUCAUUUAAUAUGAAAGAGAGCAGAACAGGAGUUUACAUGAGUUUACACUCAGCUAUGCAGUAUUCAAAUAACCACUUCUCUAUGGGCUGAAAUAUAUUAUGAACUAUGCACCUUAUUGUAGUGCAUUUCCUCAAUUUGUAGAGACUACACAGUUGCUCACUGUUCCCCUGGUGAUGUGACGGGUGCAAGCCAGCAGUAAAUCACACUGAGCAAGUUGGAGUUAACUCUUUAUUAGCAAAAGCAGAAUCUGGGAGUGUCAGGCCUAGUGAGCAAAGCAACCUAUCUUCGGUAGAUCUCGCCCCAUGGAUCAGUUGCUGAAACUGAAAGUCCCCGCGUUCUCACAGCUGCCUCAGUGUUAGAAACAGAGAUAUGAAAUCUGGGAGCUAAAUGACGCCCUAAACCUAGGUUAUGGGUGCCACAACGGAAUGCUGACUACAAAGCUGUAAAUGAAUGAAUUGCAGCUAAAAUCUUACGUUCGUUUUUCACAUGGUCUAGUCCUCAUCUGAAGAUGGCAAAAAGCAAAGCUAUGCUUCUCCCGCCCUCUCCCUUCAUAGUCGUAUUGAGGGUCCCUCAAAACGCUGCCUUUCUGGAAGGCCAGCGGAGACGCAGAACCUAUCAGCUUGCCUGAUAGUGCAAUCCUUUCUUGGAAGUCAAGCGGGCAGGAAUUUCUCCUCCCAUGCCCUCAGUGCCAGCAGUGGCGGUUUUAAUCUGAAAUCUUGGGUGCAGUACUGCGCCCAGAGCUCAGAAAUUGCUUGCACUAAUGACAUUCCCAGUUGCAAAAUGUGCCUAGAACAAUGGGAGUUUUGAACGCUGAGCUGCCCAAGUUCCCCUCCUUUUCAGUGUUUUCCCCAAGCAAUCAGACUGUGCCUGCGUGAAGCCAAUUUCUUUCUCCUUUUCAUGCCUCCUGGUUCUGGGAGACCGGCGGGAAAGGAGCUUGUUGCAGCAGGAGGGGGAGACACCUGUGCCUCUUCCCCGGCCAGACUCCUCUCUCCUUCUUGGCCUCUGUCCUCUUCUGCCUCUGAUGCGGGACUUCUCUCUGCCACAGACUCUUCCUGCUCACCAAACCCUGUCACCUCUUCAGUUUCUUCCACCUCCACCUCCCAUUCCUUUCCCUCCCCUCCCUCUGACCACUCACUGUCACCCCACCACCAAUUGCUGGGCUCUGAGCCUUCUUUCCUUGGGGUUCCCCAGCCAGUUCCAUCAUUCCUCUGUGUCCAUGACAUGGUGGUUUUAUUAGGCUGGUAAUGACAGGUAGCUUGAUGCGGCAAAGGAAUUGGAGUUAGGAACAAUGGACAAUUUGUGCUGAUUUCCGUUAGUUUUGUUUUGUUUGUUUUUUAAAAUACAGUGGUAUAUACAGACACUUCAGGUUACAGCCGCUUCAGGUUGCAGACUCCGCUAACCCAGAAAUAAUCCCGUGGGUUAAGAACUUUGCUUCAGGAUGAGAACAUAAAUUGCGCGGUGGCAGUGGGAGGCCCCAUUAGCUAAAGUGGUACCUCAGGUUAAGAACAAUUUCAGGUUAAGAACAGACCUCCAGAACGAAUUAAGUUCUUAACCCGAGGUACCACUGUAAUAAUUAAAGUUUAUUGACAAACGCAUACAGAAUACAAUAGAAAUGAUGAAUGUGGCUAAUAGCAAGAAAUGUGAAAGGAGAAAAAUAAAACACAGGUGCAGAGGAGGGGUAAAAGCCAAGAACCUACUGGGAAUACAGUGCCACAUUCAAUUGUUGCAUAUGAGAAAUAAAAAUUGGGUCAAUGUACUUGUCUGUAGAGCAGGGGGGUUAGUGGGCUGUUGAGUUUGCAUAGGAGAGAAACUUUAACCAUAUUGAGUGAAAAAGACCCAUUCUCGAUGAACCAUUAGUGACUCUGUUAAUAUGCCAGGUGUUCUAACAAUACAAUGUCCCAUACUUUCGCUAACUACACCUCCUAGGAAGGAGGUAGUGUCGACUUCCAAUGGGCAGCCCCUGUCAAUCUGGCUGCAGCAAGAAUGCUUCGUCCUUCAGUUUAAUAAAAGUAUUGUCCCCUCCCAACAUUUUUCUGUUCACAGGGGUACAUUUCUGUUUACAGAAUUAAAAAGGCUACGCAGUGGAUUGUUGGAAGUACAUUCAAGUCCAGUUUUUGUACUUGUAUGGGUCAAGAUGUGUUGCAACACUAGUUUUAACCAAGUCUGUUCUUCCUUUACCCUUAAAACUCACGCUGUGUGCAAAUGUAGCUCUUCAAUAAGAGGCAUACAAACGUGAUAUUUUUUCUUUAUCCAGAUACUUGGGAUCCAGCACAAUUUUCUGUCUCCAGGUAGUAGAGAACAGAUGCUAUGUGUCGUAGGUAUGACUAGUCACCUGCUGGACAGAAAUCAUGGGGGUGCAUAUGGCACAAGGGCCCCCGGCCUUCAGCAAACAUUCCCUGGAGACCAAGGUGGCUGGCUGACCUGUCCUGUGGAAUGCCAUCCCAUCAGACGUCAAAGAGAUGAGUAACUACAUAACCUUUAGAGGUCAUCUGAAGGCAGCCCUGAAUUGGGAAUCUUUUUAAUGUGUAAUUUUUUAUUAUGUUUUUAUAUGUGUUGGAAGCCACCCAGAGUGGCCAUGUCAACCAGUCUGAUGGGGGGGUGUGUGUUACAAAUAAUAAAUUGUUAUUGUUCUGAAAGGAUACCCUGAAUAAUCCAAAGGGAAAUGAUGGUGAUUGUUCAGUACCAUAGGGUGGGUUUCCACUGCCCUCCCCCCACAAAGGAAUAAACAAAAGCAUUUCUUUUUCUGAACAUAAAAUCAUGCUCAGUGCAUUUUUGUUAUCACAGCGUAAUGCAAAUCGGGGCUGCAAAAAUGAAAGAUGAGUAACUGCGGUACUUGCCAUGCUUAUGGUCCAUAGCCUUGCAUGUUGAUGGUCUGAAGACCCACCUCUCUUCUCCAAAUUGAGGUAUCCUCACCUUAGUUAGGCCACCCAUUUGGGUUUAACCCUGGAAUCUCCCCCUCCCAAAAAAUGCUGUGUAGCAGGUCUCUCUGCUGUUUCCUAACCACGAAUUGUGCACCACAACAUUCCUGUACUCCAUGUGUUUUAGCACUCGAGAGCAAGCAAUAGUGCCCAUGUGCAGCCAAUGCCACGCGCUCUCAAGUUUCCUUUUCGGAAUGGCUGCACCACAGCUGCUCCUGGCGAGACCCAGUGCAUCCCAGCAUUUCCAGGAUGCACCACUGGGUGAAGCGGGAUUGCUAACUGGCUGCGCGGCCUUUUUUCACAUUGCUAAGAUUAAGAUGGGACGCGGGUGGCGCUGUGGG